CCACGAGAAAUUUGAUUUUGCGAUCGAAUUCGUAGAAUGUUGAAAUGGUGAUAUUAUUUUUCGCUUUCAUAGCCAUUCUACAAUCAAUGAACAUUGUCCAAUCUUAUGAUCAACAAUUUGUCAAUCUUGAUUAUGAAUUAAAUUCAUAUGAAAAAUUUACUUUUUAUCAACAAAAAUUAAACAUUAUGAUGAUUGGUACAGCUCCACAAACACUUCGUAAACAGAAAAGUAUGUAUGCGAAAAAAUUUUCAAAUAAAAAUCAUGAUGAAGAGAAUAUUGAUGAAGAAAUGGAUAUAAUAUACGUUGUCGAUAAUCAACGAAUGGUACAUGAAAUUCGUGAUUAUCCAUACGAUUCACGUGGAAUAAUUAAAACUUUAAAUUUGGAUGCUUAUCAAUCUAUUCCAUUAUCAAAACGAUGGCCAGCAUUGAAUUCGAUUUUAGAUACAGUUGAAAAAUCGAACGAAGAAAAAACCGAAACGAUAAUGUUUUCAUUGACUACAAGUCUUGCCUAUGAUUCUGUUGAUGAUUAUGAUGAACGAAAUUUUCCUAGUAAUGAUAAAUAUUCAAAUUCAAGUACAUCAACAAUAACAACUAAAGAUGAAGAACUAGGAGAAUAUUAUGUUUGGGUAUUCGCUUUCUAUCAUCACUAUUAUGAGAUUCAUUUGUUUCAAGCAAUUAAUUUACGAGAAUCUGAUGGUUUUUAUAAACUACAUUCAAUGAAUUCAUUUGAUGAGGAGGAUCGAAUAAGAUUUGCAUCAUCAUCAAAAUAUAAUUUUACCAUUUUUUUCGAACAAUCAUUUAAUGAACAGCUAGAACCAUUACGUGCACGUUUAGUAACUCUUAAUCAAUUAAGUAGAGCUGCUGAACAUAUUAUUGAUGGAGAUUUUUUCUUAAAUUCAAAACAAUUAAAUGAAACCAACAAUAUCGAUAAUGAAAAUCGACAACAAUAUGAUGAAGGUGAAUGGAAACGACAAUCAUCAGCAUUUGUUUGUCAUCGAAACUAUGAUAAUAUUUUUCAAAUAAUGGAUGCACUAGAUGAAUGUCCAAAUGAUAUGUAUCCAGUUGAAUUGUUUAUCAUUCAAUCAUUCUUUCAUGGUCAAUUUUUAUAUAUAUUCGAUUAUAAAUAUGUUUAUGUAUUACAUAAAAAAUCAAAAUAUCUAAAUAUUUUUCAAUUGGAAGAAAUUUUACGAUAUGAUAAUUAUCCGACAAUUUUUAGACAAGGUUCAUUAUUAUUUGAAAUCAUGGUCAUUAUUGAUACUAUUUUAGCUAUAAUAAUAUUUUUGAUAAUUAUAAUUUUCAUUGCAAUUUGUCUGGCAAAUCCAUAUGAUUUAGAGGAAAUAUUUAACGAUAUACAGUAUGCACGUAAAAGUCUUUAUCCAGUAGCAGAAAAACGUGCUAAAUAUGUACUUAAUGGUGUUACAUCUGGUUUAUCAAAAUCAGGAAUAAAGUCAUCAACAUUAUCAUCAUCAAAAUCAUCAAUACCAUCAUCAAAAUUAUCAUCAAAAUUAUCAUCAUCUUCAUUAACAUCUUCAUUAACAUCAUCAUCAUCAUCAUCAAGAAAAAUAAUGGAUGAUGAACAUAAAAAUCAAGAACAAAUAAAAACAUUUCGAAAUAAAUCUAAAAGUCCAACAAUUAACAAAUCUAAUAUUACGCCCAAACGAAAUCAAAUGAAAGCCAAAUCUAUUUAUAUAUUUGUUGUAUUGAUUUUCUUAAAUGUUAACAAAGGUGAUAAUCAAAAUGAUUAUGAUUGGGUUUAUGAUGAGAAUGAAGAAGGAGGAAAUAAUGAACAAGAAUAUAAUGAAGGUGAAGGUGGUUGGGAGGAAGGUGGUUGGGAAGAAGGUGGUGGUGGUGAAGAAGGUGGUGGUGGUGGAACCACAAUAUUAUUAUGA